AUGUCAGACGCCGAGGAUGCCGGCUUCGAAUGCGAGCCUCCCGCUGUCGAGCCGUACGAGGUGCUCGGACUUGAUCGCUCGGCCACGGCGGACCAGAUCAAGAGCGCAUACCGCAAGGCUGCACUCAAGAAUCAUCCUGACAAGGUGCCGGACCAUCAAAAGGCCGCAGCACAUGAGUCGUUUCAAUCCAUCGCCUUUGCGUACGCGGUGCUCUCCGACCCAGCCAGACGGAAACGUUACGACGCGACGGGCUCAACGGCAGAGUCCAUAGUGGACUCAGAAGGAUUCAACUGGAGCGACUUUUACCGUGAACAAUACAAGGACUCGGUAUCGGCAGAUGCAAUCAGGAAGUUUGCCAAAAAGUACAAGGGCUCGGACGAGGAAAAGGACGACCUUUUGGUCGCCUUUGAGGAAUGCGAGGGAGACUUGGAUCAAGUGUAUGAAAGGGUCAUGGUCAGCAACGUGGUGGAAGACGAUGCCCGAUUCCGCCGCAUUAUUGACGAAGCCAUCGAGAAGGACGACGUGCCCGCCUUUGCCGCGUACACCAAAGAAAGGAAGAGGAAGCGCGCAGCCCGGCUGAAGGUGGCCAAGGCCGAGGCGGCCGAAGCGGAAGACUACGCCAAGGAGCUCGGCGUCCACAACAAACUCUUCGGAAACAAAAAGAGCAACAAGUCAAAGGGGAGCUCGGAGGGUGACCUGGCCGCGCUGAUCCAGAAGAGGCAGCAAGACCGGUCGGCCAACUUCUUGAAUCACCUGGCGGAGAAGUACGGGGCCACUGGUGCCAAGGGGCGCAAGAGCAAAAAGCGACAGCUGGAAGAGGAGCCCUCGGAGGAAGCGUUUCAGGAAGCCGCAGCCAAGCUGAGGAAGGGAUCCGAUAGCGGGGCCGCGUCGGGCUCGAAGUCGAAGCGGUCGCGCAAGUGA